CUUCAUUACAUUAGUGUUAAUUUAAUCUAUCAUAAUAUAAUAUUUUAUAUUACUGAGACAAUUUUGUCAUGGAAUCAGGAAGCACUGAAUUCAGAUAUGAAGAGGAAUUCAUUUAUAAUUCGAGAGGAAUGAAGCUCUUCACAUGUAGUUGGGUGCCUGCACAUUCUGAGCCUAAAGGAUUAGUCUUCUUGUGCCAUGGAUAUGGCUUAGAGUGCAGUGUCUCCUUGAGAGGGUGCGGUAUUAGACUUGCAAAGGCUGGCUAUGCAGUUUAUGGCAUUGACUACCAAGGCCAUGGCAAGUCGUCUGGGCUUCAAUGUUACAUCCCUAAUUUUGACCAUCUUGUCAACGACUGCUUCCAUCAUUUCACUUCCAUUUAUGAAAGGCAAGAAAACAAGAAGAUUAAGAAGAUAUUAAUGGGGGAAUCAAUGGGAGGCGCUGUAGCUCUCCUCCUACACAUCAAGGCGCCAAGCUAUUGGGAUAUGGCUGUGCUCGUAGCACCUAUGUGUAAGUUUGCUGAGGAGUUGAAGCCACACCCAGUGUGGAUCAGUAUUGGAGACAUGCUUAGUUAUGUGAUCCCCACAUGGAUUACUCCAUUUGGAGAAGUUAUUGAUGCAGCCUUCAGGGUUCCAGAGAUAAGGGAUGAGGUGAGAAGGAAUCCGCUAUGCUACAAAGGUGGUGUUCGUUUGGGUACUGCAACACAACUGUGGAAGACGAGCUUAGAACUGGAGGCGAGACUAGAGCAGGUGUCGCUACCCUUCCUGCUUAUGCAUGGCGCCCAAGAUCGCGUUAUUCAUCCCUCCCACACCCAACUUCUCCAUCAACGCGCCCCUUCCACCGACAAAACUUUCCACUUAUUUCCCGACAUGUGGCAUUCUCUCACCAUCGGAGAAUUGCCUCAAAACAUCGACAUUGUCUUCGCACACAUUCUCUCUUGGCUAGAUGCCAGAAUUUCUUAAUUAAAUGCUGAAAAACAAAAACAAAAAGAACUGGGGGUUCAAAAUUAAUGAGUUGGCGUAGUAUAUGUACAUGUCUCAUAGAAUUAUACAAGUUCUCGUUUCGAAACGAGACCACCAAUUAAUGUAAUGUAAUAAAUUAAACAGCUUAAUGAGGAUAAGUUGUGUUGCUUCAUAUAUAUGAAAUGUCGUUUUCUUGGGCUCAUCACUUUGACUUUUGUUUACUAUGUAUGUAGGCCUCAUUUGCAUAGGAUGUGAUUUUUAUAGUGUCUUGGGCUGUAAUUCCCAGAUUCGGCCUACUCAAUAUUCGGCCCUGUGUGAAAUAAUGUAAUAUUUGGGCAUUAUGAAGUAGAUUGUUCUUAAAUUUA